AUGAAGACGAAAAAAUCUGGAGCAAGUUCCAAAAGUUUACCAGUUCGUGUAAUAACUAUGGAUGCUGAACUAGAAUUUGAUAUUGAUAAUAAAACUAUUGGCAAAGAAUUAUUUGAGUUAGUUUGUCGUACCAUUGGUUUAAGAGAAACUUGGUAUUUUGGCCUCCAGUUUGUUGACUCUAAGGGUUAUAUUGCUUGGCUGAAGUUUGAGAAAAAGGUUCUAGAUCAAGAUGUACCAAAAGAAGCUCCAAUCCCAUUUACAUUUCUAGCCAAAUUUUACCCAGAGGAUGUCUCAGAAGAAUUGAUACAAGAAAUCACUCAACAUUUGUUCUUUCUACAAGUCAAACAGUCUAUAUUAAAUAUGGAUGUGUAUUGUCCACCUGAAGCAUCUGUACUCUUAGCAUCUUAUGCUGUCCAAGCCAAGUUUGGAGACUAUGAUGAGAGUACCUAUAGACCUGGUAGAUUAGCUAGUGAAGAUUUAUUACCACAACGUGUUAUAGACCAAUAUCAAAUGACAGCUGAAAUGUGGGAAGAUCGUAUUAAAGUUUGGUAUGCUGAUAGAAGAGGCAUGACCAGAGAUGAAGCUGAAAUGGAGUAUUUAAAAAUAGCCCAAGAUUUAGAGAUGUAUGCUAUUAAUUAUUUUCAAAUCAAAAAUAAAAAGGGUACUGAGUUAUGGUUUGGAGUAGAUUGUAGGGGUAUUAAUGUGUAUGAAAGAGAUAACAGAUUAUCACCCAAGGUCACAUUUCCUUGGAGCGAAAUAAAAAAUAUUUCGUUUAAAGAUAAGAAGUUUACAAUCAAAAAUGUUGAUAAAAAGGCUCCAGAUUUUAUGUUUUAUGCUCCUAAGUCAAGAAUCAACAAACUUAUAUUAGAACUAUGUGUUGGUAAUCAUGAUUUGUUUAUGAGAAGAAGAAAACCAGACUCAAUGGAAAUUCAGCAGAUGAAAGCUCAAGCGAGAGAUGAAAAAACAAGAAAACAGCUGGACAGAUCGCGAUUGGCUCGUGAAAAACAGAUGAGAGAAGAGGCAAUGAGAGAAAAAGAAGAAAUGGAAAGAAAAUUAGCUUCACUACAAGAAGAUAUUCGUGGUGCUCAAGAAGCUUUGAUUAGAUCAGAGGAGUCAGCUGAUUUACUAGCAGAGAAAGUGAGAAUAUUAGAUGAAGAAGCUCAAUUAUUGACUCAGAAAGCCUCAGAAGCUGAAGGUGAAGUCAACAGAAUGAAGUUAACAACUAUGAAGACUGAAGAAGAAAGAAUGAUAAUGGAACAUCGUGCAAUGGAAGCAGAAUUUAUAGCUGUAACACUUCUAGAAGAUUCUGAAAAACGAGCUAAAGAGGCAGAGAUGUUACGUAAUGAGUUGGUACAAGCUAGAAUAUCUGAGAAGGCAGCUAAAGGAACAUUAUUAGAACUAACACGAGAUACACCUCAUUAUACAGUAAGAUUAUCAAGUGAUUUAACCAGUGAAUUAAGAUUAAAUUCAGAUCUAGGGUCUGGAGAUCAAGAUGAAAUGAGUUGUGAUUUAAUACCAGCUGAUAUGGACCAUGAUCAACUCUCACUAGAAAUUGAAAAAGAAAGGGUAGAAUAUAUGGAGAAAAGUCAGCAUUUACAAGAACAGUUAAAAGGUUUAAAGAGUGAAAUUGAGGUAUUAAAAGUGGAAGAUAAACAGACAGAUUUUGAUAGGUUACAUGAAGAAAGUAUAGAGAGAGGAGAAAAUAAGUAUUCUACUCUAUCUAAGAUUACUGCCAGUACUUUAAGGUCAAGGGUCACAUUUUUUGAAGAUUUAUGA